CGCCCUCGGUUGUUGGCCAGCUAUACCUCCCCUCCCUCCCUCUGCCCCCAUCUCGCUGCCGAGCGACCCAGACCCCUCGCUCCGUGGAUCUUCUUCCUCCUCGCCCGAGAGCCGCCACCCAUCCCGCUGCCGAGCACCCUAGCUCGUCUUCCUCCUCGCGCGAGCGCCUCCACCGCAGCAGGAGAGAAGGCUGAAGUUUUGAAGCGUUAUUUCGGUGUACAGUUGGAAUUCUGCGGACAGAAUCACAAUACCUGUGCUGCGAAGCCUGUUCCUGUUGGGUAACUGAUCGGUUUACGUCUGAGCUGGUAUCAGAUGAAGUGAUUGGAGCCCAUCUUGUUGGUAAAACGGCAUUAUUGGGUCAGAAAGGUUGUGCCUGCGACUCUAGAGCUGUACAUGUGCAAUGGCCCGAAGAAAUGCUGGGGCAAUGCAGCGAGAGGGGUCGGUUAAGGACUGGUCAGAAUUUGAUCCCUCUCCGUCUCCCAAGAUGGCGUACUCACAGUCCUAUGUUGCAAUGAGGGGGCUGCUGACUUCACUGGCUUCACUUGAUCUUGUCCUGAUGUCGAGCAGCAUUAAAUCUGCAUGGGCAGUUAUAUUGUCCCACAAGCAUGCUAGGUCCUUGGAGAGACCAAAGUCAAAGGGGAUGGGCUGGGAAAGGGCCAUGAUCCGUCUAUCUGUGUGUUUCAUGAUUGGCAUUUUCAUCGGAUGCACCCCGCUCUUCCCUGCUGAUUUAUCAAAGAACAUGCCUUCUGAAAAGGCGGUGCUUCCAUUCGACGGUGAUGUGAUUGAUAGACGGCAGAUGAUAGAACAUCAAGGCACCGAGUUGGAGCCAUUCGUAGCAGAGGCUGAAGCUGAACCAAUGAAUGAGCCACAGGUUGAGGACAGUCCUCCAGUUCCUGCAAUGUUGGAUGAUGAGGCAGAUUUUGUGGAAGCCUCCUCCAUUCUACGUUCUGUUAAUGAUUCUGGUAUUGUUAUGAGAAAGCAGCUAAUAGUUGUCACGGCAACAACCGUUCGACCACACCAGGCAUAUUACCUUAACCGUCUGGUUCAUGUUUUGAAGGAUGUACCGCCUCCUCUCCUGUGGAUAGUAGCAGAGUGGCCAUAUCAGUCCCGUGAAACAGUAGAAAUCCUGAGGUCAUCUGGGAUCAUGUACAGACAUAUUGUCUGCAACAGGAACGCUACAAAUAUUAGGAAGAUUAUUGUCUGCCAAAAGAAUAAUGCAAUUUUUCAUAUAAAGAAGCACCGUCUAGAUGGGAUAGUGCAUUUCGCUGAUGAGGAGAGAGCAUACUCAGUUGAUCUAUUUGAAGAAAUGCGGAAAAUCAGGCGCUUUGGUACAUGGCCAGUAGCAACACAUGUUGGGACCAAGUACAGAGUGGCUUUAGAAGGGCCCCUUUGUAAGGGUGACCAGGUCACGGGAUGGCAUACAAACCAGGGAAGGGGUGUACUUCGACGAUUUCCAAUUGGUUUCUCUGGAUUUGCUUUUAAUAGCACUAUACUUUGGGAUCCGAAGAGAUGGAAGAGCCCCACCCUAGAAUCUAUUAUACUCCAUUCAGGUGGCAGGGGUGGAUUGCAGGAGUCAAGAUUUAUUGAGAGGCUUGUGGAGGAUGAGAGUCAAAUGGAAGGCCUAGCAGACAAUUGCACUCGGAUUAUGGUCUGGAAUUUUGAUUUGGAACCUCCUCAACUCAACUACCCUACUGGCUGGCUGCUGCAGAAGAACCUAGAUGCUGUUGUGCCAAUAACGUAACUGUCUUGCCACACCAGCUUUUUGUUUGCUCAUACUAUAGUGAGUGAUGCCUUCCUGAACUUGGCCGCGUCCAGGAUCACGCGAAGCUGCUCUGCCAAGAUCUUGCUCAAAAUAAUGCCAUAUACUAGUAAAAAGUUGAAAGAAAGAAGUCUGACAAAAGAAAACAUCCCCCUUUCUCUCCCUCCCCCUCUGCUGCAUUCUUUUUCGAUGCUCAUAUUUUACCCAUAUUCAUCCGGCUAGGUUUAGUCAUGUACAUCUUUUUUCUCUGUUUUACAUGCAUAUAUCACCUUACAGAUGUGUAACUUUGCCCCAUUGCAACUAUUGAAGAGCAAAGACAUAUUAUAUUCUUGAUACAUGAGCAAAAGCUAAAUCAAAAUCACAGAUUGGAUUCGACAGUA